CAGAGUAUCUCCUAAAUCAACCGAUCAAAGUGUACACCUCGAUACUCACGACGCCUUACAAACUUUGACUUCACCGUAAAAAUCAACCCCCAAUUCAUCGAUCUCAUCAACCAAAUCACACUCCCAAUCAUUCAACGGAUUAACAUCGUCAACAUACACUUCACCAAUUUCACAAAUUAUUUAGGAUUCCACAAGUUCAUCCUCCAGCUUUGUUGAUACUAACAAGGAUGUGGUUAUGGAGGGUGCUGUGUAUGCUAAUGUUAGGUUUAGGUUCAGUUUCGGAAUUCGGUGAAGCUUUGAAGUUGCCUUUUAGAGUUAACGAUGUGUUACCUGUUCUACCACGUCAAAUUUCGUGGCCUGUUAUGAACAGCUUUGGUAAGGCGGUGGAUUUGUUGCCGUCGUUCGUCGGGACGAUUUCUCCGAACAACGGGACACUUCAGUGGAAAGGUGCUUGUUUCCAUGGCAAUGAAGCUCGUAUGGACUUCACUGAAGGGGAUGAUCGUGGUUUGGGAGGCGGGAUCAUCCAUCUCAAGACUUCUGAAGCCCACAGUUGGACAUGUAUGGAUCUCUAUGUUUUCGCAACACCCUACAGGAUUACCUGGGACUACUACUUCGCAGCAAAUCAACAUACUUUGCCAUUUGAGUCCUGGGAGGAACCUGCAGAGUUAGAAUAUGUAAAGCAACAUGGAGUCUCUGUAUUUCUGAUGCCUUCUGGAAUGCUAGGAACACUGCUUUCUUUAGUUGAUGUUUUGCCUCUGUUUGCCAACACGAAAUGGGGCCAAGAUGCAAACCUAAAAUUUCUAAAGGCUCACAUGGGUGCUACUUUUGAGACACGAUCUAAGCCAUGGCGUGCAACUAUCAAUCCAGAUGAUGUUCAUUCUGGUGAUUUUCUAGCUGUUUCAAAGAUCCGUGGAAGAUGGGGUGGCUUUGAAACAUUGGAAAAAUGGGUCACAGGGGCAUUUGCUGGUCAUACAGCAGUUUGUAUGAAGGACGAUUUGGGAAAUCUUUGGGUCGGUGAAUCAGGACACGAGAAUGAAAAGGGUGAAGAAGUUAUUGUGGUGAUUCCAUGGGAUGAAUGGUGGGAUUUGGCACUUAAAGAUGAAUCAAACCCACAAAUAGCUUUGUUGCCUUUACAUCCUGAGAUACGUGCAAAAUGGAAUAACACUGCAGCAUGGGAAUAUGCUUUGAGCAUGUCUGGGAAACCUUAUGGUUAUCAUAACAUGAUUUUUAGUUGGAUUGAUACCAUUGGUGACAAUUAUCCCCCACCAAUUGAUGCUCACUUGGUGAUUUCUGUCAUGUCUAUGUGGACUAGGAUGCAGCCUGCUUAUGCUGCCAAUAUGUGGAAUGAAGCCCUAAAUAUGCGUCUUGGGACAGAGGGUUUGGAUUUGUAUGGGAUUUUGGAAGAGACAGAAAAGAGAGGCAUAUCUUUUGAUGAAUUGAUGACAAUUCCUGAGAAUGAUGAAUGGGUGUAUAGUGAUGGAAAGUCUACAACUUGUGUUGCUUUUAUUCUUCAAAUAUAUAAAGCUGCUGGAGUUUUUGGGCCUUUUGCAGAUUCUAUUCAAGUCACCGAGUUCACUAUUCGUGAUGCUUAUAUGCUGAAAAUCUUUGAGAAUAACCAAACACGGCUUCCAAAAUGGUGCAACAAUGGUGAUGAUAAGCUUCCAUUCUGCCAAAUACUUGGGAAGUAUCGCAUGGAACUACCUUUGUACAACACUUUACACCCAUAUUCCAAUAUGAAUGAAAACUGCCCUUCUCUUCCUCCAACUUAUGAGAGGCCUACACAUUGCUAAUAUUCUAAAAAAAUUGUAAGCUCCUUUUCGUAAAAUUGUCAUGUAUGUUUGAUUUGGACUAUAUUGUCAUUUCUGUAUGUAUGUAAACAUGCUAACGAUAUAUAUAAGAGAGUAAGCAUAAGUAGG